UGGACGGGUUAUAUACUGGGAGGGGAAGCAUGAACCACACUCGGCUCUCUUGCCAGCACAGAGCUGUGCUCGCUCGGCGCUCACGGCUGCAGGACACUCGGGCCAAAUGGAGCGAGGAGGCUGGCAGCGGUGGCUGCUGCUGCUGCUGGGCAUCCAGCUGGCCAGUGGCCAGUGCCCGGAGCAGUGCCAGUGCAUCCGCACUGCCCAGGUGGAGUGCUCCGGGGCUGGCAUCACUGCAGUCCCCAGCCCCAUCCCUGCGAACGCCAUGACCCUCCAGAUCAUCAACACGCGCAUCGCCGAGCUGGCUGACGCGUCCUUUGGCAACGCCUCCCUGCUGAUCGGGCUGCGCAUCGAGAAGAACAACCUGUCGCGCAUCAGCCCUGGGGCCUUCCAGCACCUGCCUGACCUGCGCUACCUCAGCCUGGCCAGCAACAAGCUGCAGGAGCUCCCCGUGCAGGUCUUUGAGCCCCUGGGCAAGCUGGAGUCUCUGCUGCUCUCCAGCAACCAGAUCCUCCAGGUCGAGCCUUCCCACUUUGCCCACCUGAGCAACCUGAAGGAGCUGCAGCUGCACGGGAACAACCUGCAGGAGCUGAAGGAGGGGGUGUUCGACCAGCUUUCCAGCCUCACCAAGCUCAACCUGGCCAGGAACAACAUCGACCGCCUGCCGCCCAGGGCCUUUGAGCGGCUGGCGCGGCUGCAGGUGCUGCGGCUCUAUGAGAACCGGCUCCGCCAGAUCCCGGCCGGCGCCUUCGAUGGGCUGCCGGAGCUGCAGGAGCUGGGGCUGCACCAGAACCAGCUGGAGAUGCUGUCCCCGGAGCUCUUCGUGCACAAUGGGAACCUGCAGAAGCUCUACCUGUCCAACAACCUCCUCACCGCCCUGCCGAGCGGCGUCUUCUUGCCCCUGCACGCUCUCGCCAAGAUCACCCUGCACGUCAACCGCCUGCGGGACAUCUCCCCCGGCGCCUUCGGGCCCAUGCCUGACCUGCGGGAGCUGUGGCUCUACGAGAAUGAGCUUUCCACACUCCCCACCGCUGUCUUCAGCAACCUCACCCAGCUGCAGCUCCUGGUCCUCAGCAAGAACCGGCUGCGCUCAGUGGCGCCGGGGGCUUUCCGGGGCUUGGGGGAGCUGCUGGAGCUGUCCCUGCACUCCAACGCCCUGCGCCGCCUGGACACCCAGGCACUGGAGGGGCUGCCCAAGCUGCAGAACAUCUCCCUGCACCACAACCAGCUGCAGGCGCUGCCACGGGGCCUCUUCAGGGCCACCCCGGGGCUGCGGCACCUGCAGCUGCAUGCCAACGCCCUGGAGUACCUGCCCGCCGGGAUCUUCUCCCCCCUGGCCGCCCUGCGAGAGGUGAAGCUGCACAACAAUUCCUGGCGCUGUGACGAGGGCAUCCUGCCCCUGCGAGGCUGGCUGGAGGACAACCCUCACAAGGUGGGCGACACCCCCCCGCUCUGUGCACAGCCCCCCGCCCUGCAGGGCACCCCCAUCGCGGGGCUGCCGCGGGACCGGCUCCUUGUCCCCCGGCCCCCCACUGCCUCCCCCCAUCCCGGCACCCUGCUCCCUGCUCGCUCCUCUGAGGUGUCAUUGCCAGAGGGUGCCUGGACGGAGCCCCCCGUGGGGCUGCCAGUCUCCCCACAGGAGGAGGAAAAGGAGGAGGAAGAGGAGAGGGGGUGGUGGGGGCUGACGCGCAUGCAGAGCGGGGUGGUGGUGGCGGUCAUCGUGCUGGUGUGUGUGGCCCUGCUCGCUGCUCUGCUGGCGUUGGUGGUCUACGGCUGUAGGAAGAAGAGCCACGUUGUGCUCAUGAGGAUGAAGGCGCCCAAUGAAGCCUGAGCCCCCAGCAGACCCUGAGGGGAGCAGUGCUGGCGGGGCAUUCCCUCCCCGUGGGGCCAAGGGACAUGACAGAGGCUCUGCAUCAGCUGCCCUUGCUGAUUGGGAUGGGCUAGCAUCACCCCGCGUGUUGUGUGUCCCCCUGUCCUGCUCUGCUUUGCCCUGCCCCUGCUCUGCAGCAGGGCAUCUCCUCCAGGUGACCUCUCAUGUGCUCUGUCCCCAGCCCCUCCCGCCUCCAGCGCAGCCUCUGUGCUCAGUCCCUGCCCAGGGGCCAGCAGCCGGGGUGCAGGGUGCUGAGAGGGGACCCCUCGAGCAGGGAGACACAGCCUGGCCAUGAUGGUGCUUACCCCAAACAACAGGACUUCCCCAUCCUUCAUCCUUCACCUUUCAGCGUUCCCUCCAGUGCUGUCUGCCCUUCCACUAUCCCCCACCAGCCCCUCUCCUCCAUCUGCCACCCCCCCACUGCCCCACGGCAUGCCUUCAGCCUCUGGCCCUGCCUGGGCAGCAGGCAGUAGCCACCACACAGAGCCAGGAGCUGAGCGAGCGCCUUCACCCCCAGCAAAGCUGCAGGUCCUGGUGCUGCUUUGUAGCUUGUUUGUGUCUGGGUGGGGAUCCCCGCGGGGCUGGGCUGCUAGGGUGGCACACCCUGAGUGACUCGGCCGUGUCCAAGCUGCCCUCCUUGCUGCAGGCAGGACGGGCCAGAGCACAGCCAGCAUCUUCUCCUGCUCCUCACACCCUUCUGAAUCUCCUGCCAGGAGAGCCGCGGGGCAGGGUGCUGGCGUCUGGGUGCAGCAGCAUCCCCCCUGAGCCCUGGCUGCACGCUGAUGCUAUCUCUCCUGUGGCCAAGCCCCUGCCUGUAGCACCUUGCCCCAACCCCACGGGUGGCUGGGGGGCUUGCACCGGUCCCCACUGUGGGGGAAUUAUAGGGGUGAGACGAUGGAUGUGAAGUGUCUGCCAGGGGCUGGGAGAAGCUCCUGUGCUUGUGCCCCAGGGCUGCUCCUGCUGCACCCCAUCCCUGGUCCUCACUGCCUCAAUACCCUCAUGCAUCCUCCAGCAGCUAAUGAGCAACCCCGCCCUGCUCUGCCUGCCAAAGCUCUUCCUCUUCCUCGCUCAAGUGUCCUCCUGUAUGUGCCCAGUCCUGCUGUCUGCUCGCUGCCCUCAGGCAGUGGGGACACUGUCAGCCCACAGUGGGGUGGGUCAGCAAGCGCUGGCUGCUCUGCCAUUCGCACAUGGGUGCUGUGCCACCACCGCCACCCCCCCUGUAGCACCUGCAUCCAGCAGACACCCUGCCUCCCCCAGCUGUGGCACAGCCACGUAGGGGUCCAGCUCACCUCUGUGCGUGGUGCCAGGCUGCCUGGGGAUCACUGCCAUGGGACGAGGGUCAGCCCCAGGAGCCAGCACUGGCACAAGCAGCCCCAUGAUCGUGCACAUGAUGGGCUGCUUCUCUGGGCUGGGACCUGCACGGUGGCAGGAGAUACGGGACUGUGCCGUGGGGCCAUUGGGUGCUGCUCUGUGACCUCUCCAUUAAAGUGCAGUUGUCCACCCCCA